AUGUUUUGGCCCCCAAAGCGCGAGGCGCCGAAUAAAGAGACGAUCGACUUUUCCUCUCUUUCUUCUAUCCGUUAUCCAUCACCGACCACUGCGUCAAACCGUCCCUUUCUUGAUGUCGCCAUGGGAUCCAAGUCACCUGAACACAACGACCACCAUGGCAACGAUGCCUCGUCCUGCUCGAUCAGCAACAACAACACGGGCGGCGAACCUCGCGGCGCCCAUUUGUCCCGCGACGGAGAUGUCAGUCUUGGGGAUGAAAAUGGAGAUGACGACGACGAUGAGGGUGCCGCCACCGCCGGCGUAGAAGACCACGUGGGUGAUGGUACCAACAAAGCCACGGCGCAGUCCACCGCGGAAAGCGCCCCCAAGAAAAAGAAACGCAAGAAGUCCAAGAAGAAGACUUCCGCCUCCAAACAGUCAUCACCACCACGGACUCCUCUGAGUAAAUUGUUCCCGAGCGGUCAGUAUCCGACCGGCGAGAUCCAGAACUACGAACUCGUGGACGAGAAUACCGCUCGCACGACGGCUGCCGAAACCCGAUAUCUGUCUCGUCAUCACCUUCAUGACGAGACCUUCUUUAACGAUUAUCGGAAAGCGGCCGAAAUCCACCGUCAGGUCCGACGCUGGACCCGGGAAACUGUUCGUCCGGGACAAAGCCUCACGGAUAUUGCGGUCGGUAUCGACGACGGAGUCCGAGCGCUGCUCGACAAUGCUGGUCUCGAGCCGGGAAGCUGUCUCAAAUCGGGACUGGGAUUCCCGACCGGACUUUCGCUGAACAAUUGUGUUGCACACUGGACCCCGAAUCCGGGUCAGAAGGAUGUUAUCCUGGACAGGAGCGACGUGAUGAAGGUAGAUUUCGGCGUCCACAUCAAUGGCUGGAUCGUGGAUAGUGCGUUCACCAUGUCAUUUGACCCAACUUAUGACAAUCUCCUCAACGCCGUAAAGGACUCGACCAACACCGGUAUUAAGAACUCCGGGGUCGAUGUCCGUAUCAGCGACGUCAGCGCUGCCAUCCAGGAAGUGAUGGAAAGCUACGAGGUAGAGAUCAGUGGUAAAACAUUUCCUGUGAAACCGGUGCGAAACAUCACCGGACACAACAUCAAGGCAUACCAGAUCCAUGCGGGGAAAUCCGUCCCUUUUAUCAAAACCAAGGAUCAAACCAAGAUGGAGGAAGGGGAGGUUUUUGCCAUUGAAACUUUUGGAACAACCGGUCGGGGCUGGACGUAUGACGGUCCUGGUGUCUACGGCUAUGGAAAGAGCUAUUCUGCACCCAGCAAGUUCUCGUCCUCUCUCGCCUCGGCCAGAUCCCUUUACAAGACUAUCAAUGACAACUUUGGCACCAUUGUGUUUUGCCGUCGCUACCUCGAGCGACUUGGCGUUCAGCGCUACUUGGCAGGUAUGAAUGACCUUAUCAACAAGGGCGUGGUGGACGUCUAUGAGCCAAUGCUUGAUACUCCGGGAUCAUACUCAGCACAGUUUGAACAUACUAUCUUGCUGGGAGAGACAAGCAAGGAAGUGAUCAGUCGGGGAGAUGACUAUUAA